UCCAAUCUGCUCGCCACGCGAGGUUCGCGCGUGCCGCGCCACUUUCGGAGCCCCAGGAUACGGACACUUGUUCAUCGCGCGCGCCAGGGGCUUCAUGUUGCCGGCUGCGUUGUUCUAUGUUGUCUGGGCCGUGCUCGAGUCGGGAGUGCGCUGUAUCCGGAUCCUAUCGCUGGAGGUGCCCCAGACGGUGGUUGUGGGCACGGAGGCCCGGCUGAGGUGCGCCUACGACCUCGAGGGGGACGUGCUCUACUCGGUCAAGUGGUACCGCGACGACGUCGAGUUCUUCCGCUUCGUGCCUUCCGACCGACCGCCCGGGCAGUUCUUUCCUGUGGACGGCAUCAGGGUCGACUUGCAGCGUUCAAACAACGGCACCGUGUUCAUCCGCAAUGUGGAUCACCUCACAGGCGGCAACUACAAAUGCGAAGUUUCGGCAGAUGCCCCUUCUUUCAAGACUAUGUUCGUGGAAAAGCUCAUUCGGAUAGAUUCCUCUUCUACCCACAUUCAAGUUCCAUCUGCGAUGGCGCUCCUGCUACUGGCUCUCGCGUCUCGCGUCGUCUCUCAUCUCGUGUCCAAUCGCUGACCACACCAAGAAUCACGUGCCCCAGGAGCGGAUGUUCCUCCGCGAAUUGCUCAUAGAAGCAGGAGACUGUGGUGUUCGAAAACACAUGCUCGACGGAGUGGGCACGACCAUGCCGUGUCCGAAAACAGCGCCGGAAAACCACUGCAACCUAAGAGAUGGCGUGCGGUCUCAGGGUCAAUCUGUGCACUUUUCCUUUCUUUCGUCUUCAUUCUUUUCUUUUUCUUAUUUUUUUCUUGUGUCGCAACAGGAUGGCCGAAUAAGGUCGCCAUUUUUGUCGAGGAAAACACCGUGCUCUCUCGCUGCCCCAUGAUGCCUCUAAGAUAUGACUAGUGCUGUGAAACGAUCCAGUUAAGUAUAGCUAGCUUGCUUAUUGGAAGACAAAAACCGCUCACUAUUUAGGGGUUCACACCGAAAUUCCGAACGCAGCUCUUCUCAGUGCGGGAAGUGUCGCCGUGACUGCGGAGCCUCCGUCACGCUUGUUUAGGGUACCUAUAGCAGCCCGCUUCUGGGUGUCUCUGUGCACUCACCAGAGGCCACUAUUUCAACGGAUCGGGUUUCGCAAAACGCGCGGCCGAUUUGGCUGGCCACCUCCAGCCAGGCUCCUUGCCGCGCAUUCUGCUGCGUACUUCAUUUCGGCAUAGGACUCCCAUUGUGAGCAUGAUAAGGUUAUAGCAAAAGCCAGGCUACGAUACCAAGGUCUACUCAUUGACAUGAAUGCUCUAGAGCUCUCACCGCGGCACCCAUUAUUGUUGUUGAGCGAGCCGACCCUAUUGGCAUUGGCCUACCCGUCUGGCACCACAUGUUCAGAAUCAAUCUUGCUCGUCUGUUGGCAGCGCAGUAUGAAAACUUAACCUAUUUAGCGCACGCCAGUCCACGCUCUAGAAAAGCGCGCCCUGGCUGUUGUGUGUGACGGGAAUACGUAUGAUGUUAGUCAAAUUCUUACAAAUCAACUUUCGUGUUUCCAUAGUGACAAAGAAAUGAUGUCACCAUUUGCAAAUUUUAGUCUUGAUGCGGAAAGGUAUUAUAGUUGCUCAGCGUCCGUGAAAAAGAAAUAACACUGAUCUCCCGGCAUCGAAGAUAAAUGACGAUUUAAUAAAUUAUUACACAGCACCCACUUUCCUGACACAAGGCGCUUCGCGUUCAGCUGUGUUAUCGUAGGCCUGCCUGGUACUGCUAUAGUUAACCAGCUUGCGCUCUAUCGCAGAUAACAAGAAAAUGUUUGGAGCCUUCAAGCCGUGAUAUCCACGAUGCCGAAAAUCACUCUGGUAAUUUACUCAUGCUAUACUAACUUCUUGGCCAUGAAAUACACCACUGCAAGGAGGCGGGAAGAUUACUAAGUAUGCGUACACGAAUCAGUGUAUCAUGCAUAAGGGUGAAUGUAUGCAUAAUUUCUUCCGCCUUAAUUGGGAAAAGAGCUCCGCUGUUUUAUGAGCUCAUCCUUAUUUAUCUUUUUUUACCAUCACAGAAGUGGUUCAGAAAAUAACAAGCGUUAUUAUUCUGGAAAGUUUGCUAUCAUCAAUCUUGGUUGAAAGCGUUCAAGUAAAACGGCGAAUAUGUUGGUCGAUAUAUACCGGGCGAUCAUAUUUAGGUUUUACAGAAUUUUUAAAUACCACUUCUGACAUAUGGCUUAACUCCAUUGCUUCAGUCGGAAUAUUCGAAGAGGCGGACAUCACUUCCACAAGAAACCGAAGCAGAUAUUCAAUUAACGGAAUUUCGCUGAAUAAAUUCCAAUGAGCACAUAUUACAAUUUACGAAUGAUAGCCAAUGAAUUUGCAAGGCAUAUCCACUUCAAAGGAAUUUUCAGGGCGACACCAGUUUCAAGAUGUUCAUUGCCAAAGUGUGUGACUAAGUACAUGGGCGUUCCAUUUACUUUUGUGCGUCAAUGCAUGAAAUAUAAUUUUGCUAGAAUAGUAAAUGGAAAAACAGUGCAUUCUUACCACGAUUUUGAUGGGGCAUAUCUCGAAACACGGGCCAUCCUCAAAAUAUGUUCCAAGCGGAUAUGCCCUGCAAACAGACCGGCUGCAAUUCGUAAAUUGAAGUACGUGCUGUAAUACAAUUAAUUAGGAAGUUAAUUAGUGAAUUUUCGUCAGUUAUUUGUAUAUGCGUUUCGUUUUCUUCUGCAAAUAACGUGCGUCUCCUUGAAUUUUUGAGCUGAAGGAAUGGCAUUAUUCUAUCUACCACAGGUUAUAAUAUUAAAAAAUCCUGAAAACCUUAAAAAUGGUCACCCCUUAUAUAUACCUGCAGUUACCCGGGUAGUUGACAUUCUGUGAAAAACCAUUGCGAAAUUUGCACUGCAUAAAAGAGGAAGACACAAUUAGUAAAAUAAUUGGGUUCGUGGUCCAGUGCAGGUCUAUUUCAAGAACUGGGUGCGAUUAUUAAUGGUAAAAUAAAUGUUGCCGUGCGAAAAACAUGGUCAGGAAAGGUGCUUUAUACGGCAAGCCGAUCUCAGUGUGUAAAGUGUGUAUAUGAUAACUGUAUAACGCAGUUAUAGCAGAUAAUAUGUAAGGUACAAUGAUGAGUUUACUACAACCAAAAUGUUUUGUGUAUUUCUAAUUUAUUGCAGCGCAGGUACAGAGACACAGACAGAAAGUACAUGAGACAACAUGCAAUGCUGUGGUCAUGCGCGCGCGCGCGUGUGUGUGUGUGUGUGUGUGUGUGUGUGUGUGUGUGUGUGUGUGUGUGUGUGUGUGUGUGUGUGUGUGUGUUUGAGUGCGUGAGUGUGUGCGUGCGCGCGUUGCGACUGCACUGCAGCAAAUUAGGAAAUGACCUACCACAAAACUCAACUAGCCACUCUGAUCUUCUUUACAACAAAAAAUUACUCAGAAUUACGAGCAGCUAUCAAUGCCUCAGCAAAUUUAGCGCUAUUCUUCCUCUUUGGAAGGCCUAUGUUUGCAUUUGGCACUUCAAUUUAACCCCACAAAGCUCAAAGACUGUUGCAAGUGAAAGAAAAUUAAAACAACUUGCUCACACGUAUUUCUGGCCACGGAGAGUAUAUUGACAUUAAGAAAACAGCGAAAUUAUAAUUGAGGAAAAUAAUUUGUAUGAUAGUUAUUUAAUUAGUAAUUCAUUCGCUGCACUAUUCACAACUGAACACGCCCUCCAGAACAUCAAAAAUGCUAGUGUGGGCUAUACAUUGGGUUUACAGCGCUAACUCAGAUUUUUCAGGCAUCAAAUUCAGUGUAUCAAAAAUGAUACGUUGGACUUUGCGGGGUUAAUAUAGUAAAUUGACGCAUCUGUGCUUGUAAAAAAAUUGUCGGUAUAACUUGCGUUUAUGACUGUAGUGCAUGAUCUACUUAGUCAUACUGAGUGAUCCGAUGGUGAAAAUAACUGUGUACAGUGCCGCCAUGUUCUGGACUUCUGACGCUUUAGUGAGUCUUCUGUGGAAACCUUCGUCAUGAAACGAAGGUUCAGUAGAGACAGCAUUAUUGCGCACUCUGUGUCUGUUUAGCAGCGAGCGCUGUGCGAAAAAUGACAGGUACAAAAAAUAACUCCUAUGAUGUUUGUUGCAGAGAUUUUUACCUGUCUCCAUCAAUCUUUGUAGGUUUGCCCACUGAACCGAGUGCUAUUCAGCUAACGUGGAUUGAACAAGAUGCUUCAGGUAGUUACUUUCUAGCAGUGUCCAGUGUAGGCAAGUUUGAUUUCUGAGUUGUCUAAGAACGCAAAGUGACUUGCGUUCUAGUUCCUUUGUUUUUGUAAACAAUAACAGUUCACGUCAUUAUUGUACAUACUGUCAUCGCUGUUACAUUACGGAGUUUCAAUUAAACUGUAGUUGUUGCACCACUCGC